AGUAACAUUAGUGAAAAGAGUAAUAUCUUGAAAAGUCUUGAGUCUCCGCAAAAUAUUGGCAGCCAUAUGGGGUUACACGAAGCUGUGCUCAAUGGAGACUUGGAAGGUGUUCGUCAACUUUUGAAACAAGAUGCCAGUGUAAAUGAAGUUGACAGCAGUGGAAACACACCACUCCUGCUGGCAGUCUGUGUCAAGGAAGAUGAGAUUUAUAAUUCAAUCGUAGCGGAGUUGAUUCAAGCUGGUGCGGAUGUUAACAUUUACAACAAAGGUUUCACUCCUUUAUACAACGCCGUUUUCUACAAAAGAGCUGAAUCCGUGGAAAUGCUUUUGAAGGCAGGAGCGUGGCUGAGACCGGCUUAUAGAAAUGAACUCCAUCUUAUCGCGGAAAUAGGUGGAAGCAAUAUCCUCAGCCUAAUAUUGAACGACAAACGAUGCACUCCAGAUAUUAUUAAUUGUUCCGAUGAGGAAGGAAGGACGGCACUCCACAUUGCAGCGCAGUUUUGCCACAAAAAUUGCUUAAGGAUGCUUAUAGAGCACGGUGGAGAUUUGGCAGUAUUGAACGAUGAGAAAGAGAGCGUAGCAGAUAUAAUAUUCGAGCAAAUUGUGAAUCCUGAAAAAUUCAUCCGGAAUAUCUUGGAUAGAAGUAUCGUUAUGGAACAGACUGACAAGUAUAGGUCUGUUUACAAUGUAG